GAUCUUGAUUUCUGUGUGUCAUGUCCUCACUCCGCGUGGCGUGGUGGGGGUGAGUGUCAGGGCAGUUCUUAUAGUUGAGAUAAACUUUGUUCCAUGCUGUCUGGAUCCGUUUGAGCAGAGUCCAUCCAAGAGCUGCUGGUUCCUACAAUAUCCAAAAUGGGUUCCACCGCUGCGCCUGUGACCUUUACCUCCUCACCCGCCAACAACGGCUCCACCUGCAACACCCUGUACGACCACCGGAACUACGCCAGGGUCUUCAUACCCAUUCUGUAUUGUACUGUAUUCGUCGUGGGCCUGCUCGGGAACUGUCUCGCCCUUCACGUCAUCCGUCCCAACAUGAAGAAAAUGAACUCCACCACCUUAUACUCCCUCAACCUGGUCGUGUCCGACAUCAUCUUCACCCUGUCUCUGCCCUUCAGGAUCCUCUACUAUGCUCUGGGCUUCCACUGGCCCAUGAGCGAGUUUCUGUGCAAGAUCUCGGGCUUCAUCUUCUACAUCAACACCUACGCAGGGGUCAACUUCAUGACCUGCCUCAGCGUGGAUCGUUUCAUCGCUGUGGUCCUGCCUCUGCGCUUCGCCCGAUUCAGGAAUGUCAGCAACGUGCGCUACAUUUGUGUUGGCGUUUGGCUGCUGGUCCUGGCACAGACCCUCCCCCUCCUCGGAAUGUCCAUGACCAACUUAGAACCCGACGGCUACAUUACCUGCAUGGAAUACCCCAACUUUGAGAAGGUCGACCACAUUGCCACUAUACUGAUUGGUGCUGUCUUCUUGGGUUACGUCAUCCCUGUGAUCACCAUCCUUGUGUGUUACGCCGUCUUAUGUUCCAAACUCCACUUAACAGCCAAGAACAACCAUUUGACAGAUAAGUCAGGCCGGAGUCGCAAGGUCAUCGGCGUGAUCUGCUGUGUGUCUCUGGUGUUUGUCGUCUGCUUCAGCCCCUAUCACAUCAACAUCCUGCAGUUCAUGAUCCGCAAGCUGGUGUCGAGCCCCGACUGCGCCGAUCUCACAGCCUUCCAGGUGUCGCUGCACAUCACGGUGUGUCUGAUGAACCUCAACUCCUGCUUGGAUCCAUUUAUCUACUUCUUCGCCUGCAAGGGCUACAAGAGGAAACUGAAGAAGCUGCUGAAGCUGCAGGUCAGCGUGUCCUUCUCCAGCGCGGUGAGGACGUCACCCGAGGGCUCCUCCAAGGAUAUUAUCGAUGGCAACAAGAUCCAACUCAACAGCUCCACUACGUAUGCAGCCAGCGACAGGCUCACAGAGAGGAGGUUAUACAUAAGCGAGCAAAAUGAAUAGCUGAGCCACCAGGAGUUGAAUAAGAUGUGAGAAACGUUUGCCUCUCAGUGCGACUGUUUCAAUCAGGUCUCACACAAACUGAUCUGAACAUUUAUAUGGACUCAGCCAUGUCAUCAUAGACUCUAAGCAACCGGGAAUUCAGCUGCAUUGGAUCAGAUUAGUUUACAGAAUGGGAGACCAUCAACAUCUCAAGGAAAAGAAAACUGUUUUUGAAAAAUAAAACAAGGCGUCCUGUCAGUAAACUGAUGAGGCAGAGCACGUUGAAAGUGAACACUGAACAGAGAAAGAGCUGAAAGAGACGUUGGUGAACAUGUGAAACAUUUUUGAAAGCUAGGAUUUAAUAUUUGCGGUCAGACCUCACAACGGAUCCAUCCUCAUCUGCUUGUUUUUUUUUUUAGGAAGUGAGUUGUUAAGGUAGAAGUGAAAUCAGAUUCACAGACAUUACGAUUCAGUUCAGUUGUAAAAUCUCAGGAAAACCGAUGAACUGUAGGUUUAUCAUCUCACUAUCGGCACAAUCACAUCAUCAUUUCAGCUGCUUUAGAAUUAGUUUGCUGACGCUAAAAUGGACGUGAACACAAACACGAUAGUUCACCCAAAAAUGAAAAUUCACUCAUUAUCUACUACACUACCUGCCGAUGGAGGGGUGGGUGAAGUGUUUGAGUCCACAAAACACUUCAGAUUCAGGGGUAAACAGCCUUGCAGCCGAAUCAAUACAACUGAAGUAACUGGCGACCACUUCCUCAAAUGAAAAAAAAAUACAGAAAAAAAACAAAAAAUGCCUCUAUACUGCUCCUGUGGUGUCAUCCAAGUAUGCGUAAGCCCAGUCGUUCAAAUUCAAUUCGAAACGGCGUCAUUUCAAGUUACUUCUGCAGUUCUCGCGAGAACUUGUCAUAGGGUCUCGAUUGACCCCUGGUGGCUAUAUGCAGUAUAGGUCAUUAACCCUGCCUCCUCCAUUUUAACAAAUGUGACUGGACCAAGCAACAAAGUUAAAGUAGAUUGUAAAAUAAAUUGUUGUCAAAGAUGGUUUCCGUCAUUUGUCAUGGUAGCUCUUAUCACACUGAUGUAUGUUCAAGUGUUCCUGUUCUGGUAAGGAUUUUGUAGCUCACUCACCUGUACGACAUGGUGAGAGGUGAGGGCCACAUGCAACAUGUCAAAUGGAUGUGUCUUCUGUGUUAACUUUAGGUACAUGACCCUGAUUAAGAUGCAGAAAUGCCAAGGUGGCUUGUUUGGUAGCUUUACUGUUGUUGUAAUGGGAUGCACUCCCAUUCAUCCCACAUAGACUUGGCCCACACUGUCACUCCCACAUACUGUUUCCACCAAAGGUGGCCCGAAUUUGUUUUAUGCUUGAUUUAUGGAACACCUUUGCUAAAAAAGGCCCACAUUUGUUUUGAGAUAUUCACACUGGUGCGAAACAGAAACGAAUGGUCCAACAGGUGGAUCCUUCCCAGCCCAAACUAUCCCAGGAUUCAUUGUGAUUCAAUGACAAACUGUUUAUCAAAGAGGCAUAUAUGUAUACAGUAUAUAGUCUAGACUAUGAAGAGCCGUGAAAGCCUCGUCCUCCUCCUCGUCCUCCUCCUCCUCACCACAGAUCAUUAUAAAGUUAUUCACUUCAAUGUUUAAAAAUUGAACUCAGUGUGAGUGAAACUGUUAAUAACUGUUUUUUUCUGAAUUUGUUCAAAGGUUGAAUGUUUAAAAUAAUAUCUGAAAUAAAAUAUUAUUUAAAAA